CCCGGCGCCUCCAUCACGUCACUUCCGGGCGGUCUGGCCGCUCUCACUUAUAUACAGCGCUCAGCUUCCGGUCUCCCUCCUUUUCUGUAGCGGCCGCAUACAGUGAACAUGCCUCUCGCUAAGGAUCUCCUGCACCCGUCCCCUGAGGAGGAGAAGAGGAAGCACAAGAAGAAGCGCUUGGUCCAGAGCCCCAACUCCUACUUCAUGGAUGUAAAGUGUCCAGGAUGUUAUAAGAUCACCACGGUGUUCAGCCAUGCCCAGACGGUCGUCCUGUGUGUGGGCUGCUCCACGGUCCUCUGCCAGCCCACCGGCGGCAAGGCGCGACUGACAGAGGGUUGCUCUUUCAGGCGGAAGCAGCAUUAGAUGGCGCUGACCCGGAGACGUCUGGCGGGAGCGUUGACUGCACUCGGCGGGGGCGGCUCUGCUCACACCCGGGACACUGUGGCCUGUACCCCUGACUGUCAAUAAAUUUUGGAUACAAAUUUCA